AUGGCGUCCCAGUUGCCCGAGGAUGUCUUGUUGGAAAUCUUCUCUUUCCUGGAUGCAUUCAGCUUGCUACAGGUUUCCAAAGUGAGCAAGUACUGGAAGAACGUUGCAGAGACGGAGUUCCUGUGGAGAAACCUGUAUGUACAGAAAUGGUUUCUCCGCAAGCCCUUUCAGCUUCAGGGCACACAGACAUGGAAGCAGCUCUUCCUCCACCUCACCAAGAAGGAGCGCCAGAUGGACCUGGCACAGCCCGAGGACUUUAACGUCAAAGAACCAAGAGGGAAUUUCGGGGUGAUAGGUCCAAUGGCCUAUUUCUCAGGCCCCACGACGGAUGAACAGGAAAAGUCCAUCCUGUGUGCGGUGUCAUCUAACUGCAUACUGUAUGCCUGGGACGUGCAGGAGGGCACUGUGAUCUGGAGAAGUCCAGUCCAGAGAUCUCAACUCUUGACUCUCACAACCCUCCCUCAGAUGCGCCUUGUAUUCACUGUGGAUGUGGAGGGAAUUGUCAAGAUGUGGAAUUGUUUGAACGAAAACGCUCUGGGUGUUAUCCACAUGCCCGAUCCCUGUUUUUCCUUGGAAAGCUGUCUAACGGCAGAGGGACCAUUCCUGGUGGCGGGCAGCAUUAAAGGUAACAUCUACACAAUGACUGUGCCUGAGUUAAAGGAAGUGUCUAAGGUAAACGCAUUUACAUGUCGUGUUGAUUUUCUACAAUUCUCUCCUGACAAGAAAUGGCUGUGUGCAAGUGGAACCCAUCAAGCUAUAUCACCCAUGAUAUAUUUGACUGAGUGCUUACUGAGCUCGACAAGAAGCCACCUUCCUGUGAUUCUCACAGUCCCAUAUGCAUCGUGCUGCAGGAUCUCCUGGGCCUCAAGGAGACCAAACAGAAUUGUAGUGAUGUUCCGAAACUAUCUUUUCAAAAGGACAGGGUUUAUCACCUUCGACCUAAGAGCUCAGCAGAAUGAAGGCGAAAUAGUCACCAAAGCAAAUCCGAUUGCAAGUUUCCAGUUACCAGCUCGGAUGGGGAGUCCUGUUUGGAUGGUCAGUGACAGGAAUCUGAUUGCCUUUGAGAGUGGACCCAGACUAUUCCUCUACACCAUCCAUGGUCACAUGAUGAAACAAUUUGACUGCCACCUGAGGAACUUUGGCACCUUAUGGUCGGAUUCUGUCCAUGUGCUCACCACAACCAUGGAUAACACUCUGCACAUGUACAUGUGGGAAGAAGGCGACAAUGAGCCAUAUCUCAAGCAUUGCUUUAAUCUGCGAUACACAGGCCCUCUUCGUCACAGCCCAAACUACUAUGUCUCCAGAGCCAUCUGUGACAACAGAAGCAUAGUGUACGUGAUGUCGAAAUCCUAUGAAUCCAGCACCCUAUUGAUGUAUUCCUUGAAGAAUGUGUUGACCAAGGAAGAUGAAGGCUGGUGCAGGGAAGGCCAGGAAACCUGUAUGCCCAGAGUGCCUCUGAAAAGCAUUGGCCCUUCGAGGAUCAGAAUAAACUGUCAGAGGCCCACCAAACCACAGUAUGAAGCCCCAGACACCAGACAUGAAAUAGUCAUGUCACCACUUUCCAUCACACUUCCCAGCCCCUUUCUGUGGCUGGGAAAUGGAGACAGUUGA